UUGGACAAUUCUAAUCUAUGGUUUGACAAAGAAAUCUGAAGCUGUUAAUCAACACCAAAAUCUCCAACUUGGUCUUUCCCUCUCUCUCUUCUUCACUAACUUAAUCACUCUUUCUCUUCUCUCUCUUUACACUUGAGUAUUUUUCUCUCUUCCUUUCAUCACUCUCCUUUCAUGGACAACAAGCAGCCUCAGCCGCAGCAGCUCUCCUUGGCCAAGUCUUCGCGCCAACGUUAUAGUGAAUGGAUUUUUCGAGAUGUUCCAAGUGAUAUAACGAUAGAAGUGAAUGGAGGGACGUUUGCAUUACAUAAGUUCCCUCUUGUCUCUCGUAGUGGGCGAAUCCGAAAAUUAGUUGCAGAACAUAGAGAUUCUGAUAUCUCCAGGAUUGAGCUCCUUAAUCUACCAGGAGGCGCUGAAACAUUUGAGUUGGCUGCAAAGUUCUGUUAUGGUAUUAACUUUGAAAUAACAUCAACAAAUGUAGCUCAGCUGUGUUGUGUUUCUGAUUAUCUCGAAAUGACUGAAGAUUUUUCAAAAGAUAAUCUUGGUUCCCGUGCUGAAGAAUAUCUUGAGAGCAUUGUUUGCAAGAACCUGGAAAUGUGUGUUGAAGUUCUGCAACAAUGUGAGAAUCUACUCCCUCUAGCUGAUGAGUUAAGGGUAGUUAGCCGAUGCAUAGAUGCAAUAGCUUCUAAGGCUUGUGCAGAGCAGAUUGCUUCAAGCUUCUCACGCCUGGAGUAUAGCAGCUCUGGGAGGCUUCACAUGAACAGGCAUGCCAAAUGUGAGGGAGACUGGUGGAUAGAAGAUCUUUCCGUUCUUCGGAUUGACUUGUAUCAGAGAGUAAUGACAGCCAUGAAGUGUCGUGGGGUUCGUCCUGAGAGUAUUGGUGUAUCCCUUAUGAACUAUGCCCAGAAGGAGUUGACCAAGAAGUCCAGCUUAUGGAAUCCAUCAAGUCAAACAAAGGUUGAUUUGCUUUCAGGCUUACAUGGGCAUGAACGACAUGUAGUUGAAACAAUUGUCAGCCUUUUGCCAGUAGAGAAACUUGCUGUUCCCAUCAAUUUCCUUUUUGGGCUUUUGCGAAGUGCAGUGAUGCUUGAUUGUGCAGUUGCUUGUAGGCUCGAUCUGGAGAGAAGGAUUGCAUCCCAGUUGGACAUUGCUGCUCUUGAUGAUCUUUUGAUCCCAUCCUUGCGGCAUGCAGGAGAUACCUUAUUUGAUGUUGAUACGGUUCAUAGGAUAUUGGUAAAUUUUGCACAACAAGACGAUAGCGAAGAUGAUAUGGAUGACGCUUCUGUUUUUGAGUCUGACAGUCCUCAUUCACCAUCCCAAACUGCAUUGUUUAAAGUUUCAAAAUUAGUGGACAAUUACCUUGCGGAAAUUGCCCCUGAUGCAAAUCUCAAGUUGGCCAAGUUCAUGGUCAUUGCAGAGACUUUACCAGAACAUGCACGUACUGUCCAUGAUGGGUUGUAUCGAGCCAUUGAUAUUUACCUGAAGGCUCAUCAGAAUUCAUCAGAUUCAGACAAGAAGAGGCUCUGCAGACUGAUUGAUUUUCAAAAGCUCUCACAAGAAGCUGGUGCACAUGCUGCUCAAAAUGAACGCCUCCCACUCCAGUCUAUAGUUCAAGUUCUCUAUUUCGAGCAGUUAAGGCUCCGCAAUUCCUUGUGCUGCUCUUAUCCUGAUGAAGAUCACAAGCCAGUGCAUCAGUCAUGGCGGAUCAGCAGCGGUGCACUCAGUGCAGCAAUGUCUCCACGAGACAACUAUGCAUCAUUAAGGCGAGAAAACAGAGAGCUAAAACUUGAAUUAGCUCGUUUACGGAUGAGGUUAAAUGAUCUAGAGAAAGAACACGUUUGUAUGAAGAGGGAUAUGGAAAAGUCUCAUUCUCGUAAAUUUAUGAGUUCUUUCUCAAGGAAGAUUGGUAAGCUGAGUUUCUUUGGUCAUAGUUCUUCAAGGGGUUCAAGUUCUCCCUCAAAGCAUUCUUAUAGAACAGAUUCUAAGGUGAUUGAAAGAACAUGUGCAAGCACAGAUUAGGCAAUUCAGGUUACCUAGAAUCUUUUCUCUGUAUUUGUCAUGUAACUGCUAGCCAUGCUCUUGAUGACCACGUUAUUCUCAUUAAUUUCCGUUUGCCCUCCUUGUAUAUGAGUUGCGAUGCUUUGGGUUAGCAAGACUGGGGCUCUUUUUGAAUACAAACUAUGGUUUUUGGG